UGAAACUUCCAGUUCUGUGUUUAUUGUCAAUACCCUUCUUUGGUUGCUCAUCUUCCUCUCCUCCCUACCCCAUACCCACCAUGUCUUCCCCAGUUGCUGCGGCCCGCUACGGCAAGGACAAUGUCCGAGUAUACAAGGUCCACCGCGAUGAGAAGACCGGCGUCCAGACGGUCGUCGAGAUGACCGUCUGCGUCCUUUUGGAGGGUGACAUCGAUACCUCCUACACCAAGGCCGACAACAGCGUGAUUGUCGCAACCGACUCCAUCAAGAACACCAUCUACAUCACCGCCAAGCAAAACCCCGUCACUCCCCCCGAGCUCUUCGGCUCCAUUCUUGGAUCCCACUUCAUCACCAAGUACAACCACAUCCACGCCGCCCAUGUCAACAUCAUUACCCACCGUUGGACCCGAAUGACCAUCGACGGCAAGCCGCACCCGCACUCCUUCCUCCGGGAUGGCGAGGAAACCCGCAACGUGCAGGUCGACGUCGUCGAGGGCAAGGGCGUGGACAUCACUUCGUCUCUGGCCAAGUUGACCGUGCUGAAGAGCACCAACUCGCAGUUCUGGGGCUUCCUGCGCGACGAGUACACCACCCUCCCUGAGACAUGGGACCGUAUUCUCAGCACCGACGUCGACGCCAGCUGGCAGUGGCGCCGCUUCAACGGGCUGGACGAGGUGCGCGCUACUGUGCCUCAGUUCGAUGCGACCUGGUCGGCGGCCAGGGAUAUUACCCUUAAGACCUUUGCCGAGGACAACUCGGCCAGUGUCCAGAACACUAUGUACAAGAUGGCGGAGCUGAUCUUGGCUCGUCAGCCCUUGCUUGAGACGGUCGAGUACUCUCUGCCUAACAAGCACUACUUCGAAGUUGACCUGAGCUGGCACAAGGGCCUGAAGAACACCGGCAAGGACGCUGAGGUGUAUGCGCCGCAGACCAACCCCAACGGGUUGAUCAAGUGCACGGUUGGUCGCAACACGAAGGCGAAGCUGUAGGAUGAUUUGUAGUAUUGCAUUAGCAGUUAUGAGAUGGAGUUCUGGCACUUGUAUAUAGGUUAGGGAUAAAUAGCAUCAUUCACAUGUUCUGAU